CCAUUCGCGGCCACCUGAAAUCCAUCUUCUAGCCGCGAAAACAAGAUCACCAUCAUGCCUCCCUCGCAUCAAUACACCCACAGCCAAUCCCAGCGCCUACCCCGUCAUUCCAUCCUCCCUGCCUCGGCUUCCAUGGGCUAUGGGGGCGGCGGCGGCGGCAGCAGCACGAGCAUGUCCAUGGCCAAAACCCGACAGUACGCCAACCUCUACGCGCAGCUCGGCCAGCUGAACAGCCACCUCCGCGAUACAGAGAACCUGGUGCGCAUGACAGCCGUGCAGGCGGAGGAUAUGCGGUUUCUGGGCGGCUACGUCGGGGCUUUAUUCAUGGGGUCGGCUAAGGUUCUGGGAGAGGAGGGGAUUCUUAAGAAUGAGAGUAGUGGUGGCGCAGCAGCUGGUGCAGCGGGCACGGGCGCUGGUGGGAAGAAUGAGAGUGAGAGUGAGAAUGAGUAAGUUGUGGGGGAGAGGCUCUGUCAAGGACAGAUAAAUGUUCGAGGUUGGCGCCCGGAGAAUUGCAUGCCAUGUACUAUUUAUGUGUCUCCUGCUGAGUUGAUGGGGCCUUUUGGCUAAAUGG